GUAAACGUUGAUAUCAAAGGCUCCAUAUACCGAGACCAUGUAUGGUGCAGAUGAGUCAGUUGUGGGUAAUGCUUCAGAGUACAGAUAUGGGCUGGUUCAGUGUAGUAGAGAUAUAAGUAGUGGUGGUUGUAGCCACUGUUUAGUGCAGCUUAUGGAUGAUAUUCAGAUGUGUUGCAAAGGGAAGAAAGGGUGGAGGAUACUGACACCUAGUUGUUAUCUGAGGUAUGAGCAGUACCCUUUUUUUGCACAACAAUUGGUACCGCCAGUUUUGGCUCCACCUGUGUUGUCUCCGCCAGUGUUGGCUCCGAUUACAAAUGCACCGCCCGUGACUACUAACAAAGGAAAGGGUUUAAAGAGCACAACGAAGAUUAUUCUCAUCACUGUACCAAUUAUAACUACUGUGGUGGCUCUCUUUGGUUUCUACUUGUACUACACAAAUGGCAGAAGAAAGCAAAAAGUUCAGGAGACAAGCCUUCUAUUAAACAUUUUGGAAUAUCGAAGUAGUAGUAAACGCAAAAUGGAGGAACUUAUGGUUGUUACGGACCAGGACAACAGUGGGGAGAUCCAUUACUUUCAUUUAAGUGCCAUCCAUAUUGCUGCAAACAAUUUCUCAGAUGCAAAUAAGCUUGGACAAGGUGGUUUUGGCCCCGUUUAUAAGGGCAAGCUUCAUGAUGGGAAGGAAAUAGCAGUUAAAAGGCUAUCAGGGAACUCGGGACAAGGACUUGAUAAGUUUAAGACUGAAGUUAAGUUGAUUGUAAAGCUUCAACAUAGAAAUCUUGUGAAGCUCAUAGGUUGUUGCAUUGAGGGAGAUGAAACACUUCUUGUCUAUGAGUACAUGGCCAACACUAGUCUUGAUGCCUUUCUCUUCAGUUUGUGCUAUGCUACCAAAUGUAAGGAAUUAGAUUGGGCUAAGCGCGCAAUUAUAGUUCAUGGAACUGCAAAGGGACUUCUAUAUUUGCAUGAAGACUCUCGACUCAAAAUCAUCCACAGGGACUUAAAAGCGAGCAAUAUUUUGUUGGAUGAUGAGAUGAACCCAAAAAUAUCAGACUUUGGUACCGCCAGUGCUUUCUAUGGCAAGCAAAUUGAAGCUAGCACCAACAGAAUUGUAGGCACAUAUGGAUACAUGGCACCAGAGUAUGCAAUGGAGGGAAUAUUUUCAAUAAAGUCUGAUGUCUACAGUUUCGGAGUCCUAAUGUUAGAAGUCAUAAGCGGAGAAAAAAACAAUGUCAAUCUCCCGGCACAUGCCCAAAGCCUUUUACCAUAUGUAUGGCAACUAUGGAAUGAUGGCACAGCACAAGAGUUGAUAGAUAGAAACUUGAUCAACAAUUGUCCAUUAAGAGAGGUUGUGAGAUGGAUUAACAUUGCAUUGUUGUGUGUUCAAGAAAACCCCGAAUACCGGCCCUCGAUGUCAAAGGUUGUUCUCAUGCUUGGAGGCCAAUCAAUAGAUCUUCCCAAGCCAUCAGAACCUCCAUUCCCUGUUGGUAGAUACACCAUGUCUGAUCAAUCUUCGUCCAACGUGAUAGCGACCGUGACAGAGACAGAUACAGAGACAAGAUCUCUUACAUCAGAUCAUCCCUCAACAAAUGCUUCUUGUACUUGAGAAAUUGGUUUGAUCAAGAAUGAUCCAUUCUGUUAAUUUUCUCCUUAAAAUGUAGUUUUUUUGAGAUGAUGAUGAAAAUUAGUAAGUGAGAGAAGACAAGAGAUGAAGAUAGAAAUACUGCAAACAAUGUUGCCAAUGAUGAAAUUUUGAAUCUCUAUUGUAGCAGAACCAGAAUCCAAAUAUGAAUGAUCAGAGUUAUUUGAGGCUAGGGCAAAAAUUUUAGUUAGGACCUUUAUAAUUUUGUAGAAUAUAAUUAUAUUAUUUUUAUUGGGCA